AUGGGAAAUAUUGUAGAUGAGACAUGCAAACAGACACCUGACUACACUCUUUGUCUCUCUCUUCUCAACUCUGAUCCACGUAGUUCCUCAGCUGACAUCGUCGGCCUCUGUCUCAUCCUCAUCGACAAAAUCGAGGCGCUUGGGACAGAGACUAUCGGGCAGAUCAACGUGGCGUACAAAACUAAACCGAUGCUUAAGCGGGAGCUUGAUGAAUGUAAUCUAAGAUACAAGACGAUCGUAGAGGCCGACGUCCACACAGCCAAUAUUGCUAUCAAAGGAAACCCUAAGUUUGCUGAGGAUGCAAUUGUCGACGCUGGCGUUGAAGCCUCUGUCUGUGAAGGAGGGUUUCCCAAAGGCCAAUCUCCCUUGACCGAUUUGACCCAGAAAAUGGUCAAGAUCUGCGACGUGACCAGAGCCAUCGUCCGAAUGUUGCUCUAAAUAAUCCUUCUAAUUAAUAGUAUGUAUUAAAAUAAUGAUAACAAAUAAAUAUGUUAUUCCAUGAAGUUGUUGUCCUAG